AUGAUGUGCCAUUCGAUUGUGCAAAAAAUCUAUGCUGUUAUUGCUGCCCACAAAUUGCUGCAAAAUUCCAACGCACAAGGCAUAAUAUUUUGUCGGACACGUGAGACCAUUGAAUUAUGCGUGCCGAUUCUGAAACUCAAAGGGUGCUCGAUUUCAAUGAUUCAUAGCCGAAUGUCAACGGAUGCGCGUGCAGCUGCAAUGGACAUGUUUCAAUCGGGUGAAUCCACAUUGAUGAUGUCCACCAAUUUAUUGACCCGUGGAAUGGACUUCCCGCCUGUUCGCAUCGUGGUCAAUUUUGACUUGCCGGAUGAUCCAAAGAGGAAGACAUUCGACGGAAAGGCAUACGAAUCUCGUAUUGGAAGAUCCGCUCGUUUUGGGCUGGAAUUCUAA